CAAUAGAUUCUGAGAGGUACUCUUUGUGUUUGAGCUGAAGGGAGCAAAAGGGUAGAGCAUAGUUUUGGAGUCUGCAUGAGUGAGCAAGAGCCCAAUUGGUGUUUCAAGUUUUGGAGGUUGAAGCCAAAAAGGCAAUGGCGUUGGCUUUUGGUUCAUCUGUCACUCUCUCUCAGUAUUCUCUCAAUUUCAGUUCCUCUAGAUUUCGCCAUCGCUUUGCUUCUCGCCAAUGGUUGAAUUCGAACCAUGUUUCUGUUGGUUCGCAUAGAUUUGAGGGUAUUAACUCGAGGUGUUCAAUAACCAACACUGAUGUACACUUCAACCAUGUGGCGACUGAAAGUGAGACCCAGGAGGAAUCAUCAGCUGUAGGGCCGGAGUGUUCGGUCCCAAUUGUUCAUCUUACAUCUAAUAUCUUGGAGACUGAAUCUUUGAGUUUACUAACUGGAGACACUUAUGUGGACAGUCUCUUGACAACACUGCCUGUUUUGUCGAAAGAGGAGCAGCAUACUCUUGCUGCUACUCCGGCCCAUCCUAUGGGAUUAUACGCUUUGUAUGCUAGUUGUCUAGCUGGAAAUUUGGUGGAACAAUUUUGGAAUUUCGCUUGGCCCUCUGCUAUUGCAUUGAUAUAUCCAAGCCUUUUGCCAGUGGCCCUCAUGGGUUUUGUUAGUAAGCUUGCAAUAAUUGCUGGAGGUCCUAUAGUGGGUACUCUUAUGGAUCAUUUACCCAGAGUGCCUGCCUAUAACUGUCUUAAUAUUAUCCAGGCAGCUGCGCAGUUAUUAUCUGCAGCAAUGAUAAUUCGUGCUCAUUCAGUUCCACCUUCUGCAUCGUCCCUCCUUAUCCGUCCCUGGUUCAUUGUACUUGUAUUAAGUGGAGCUGUAGAGAGGCUAUCUGGUGUUGCAUUAGGAGUUGCAGCGGAGCGUGAUUGGGUGGUGCAGUUGGCAGGAGUGAACAGGCCUAUUGCACUAGCACAAGCAAAUGCCAUUCUUAGUCGAAUUGAUCUACUCUCUGAGAUAGCUGGGGCAUCACUAUUUGGCAUUCUUAUCUCGAAGUAUGAUCCAGUAACAUGCUUGAAGUUUGCUACAUGUUUAAUGGUGUGGUCGUUGCCGUUUGCGGUGUUUCUCACGUGUUUAACCAACAAGCUUUCUAGUGGGGUUCUUGACCGCCCUAAGUGUUCACAAACCUGUUGUAGGACAUCUACUGAAGGACCUCUACUGGAUACCAACAAUAUAGUGGAUAAAGGUGUUGAAGUUAUUAAACUUGGAUGGAAGGAAUACUUACAGCAGCCAGUUCUUCCUGCAAGCCUAGCCUAUGUCCUGCUUUAUUUUAAUGUUGUACUAACUCCAGGCAGUUUGAUGACGGCAUAUCUAACACAGAGUGGUCUAAAUCCAUCUAUCAUUGGCGGUUUCAGUGGACUAUGUGCCUUUAUGGGUGUUGCAGCAACAUUUGUGUCGGCUAGCCUGGUCAGGCGGCUUGGCAUCUUAAAGGCUGGAGCAGCUGGGUUGAUAAUUCAGGCUUCACUUCUCACCGUAGCUGUGGCUGUUUAUUGUAGUAGAUCUGCUUCACAGCAAAGCCCCCUUCUUUUCUUCUUGUGCUUGAUCGUAUUGUCAAGGUUAGGACACAUGUCAUACGAUGUGGUGGCUGCCCAGAUUCUUCAAACUGGGAUACCGCCAUCUAAAGUAAAUAUCAUUGGGACAACAGAAGUUGCUGUUGCUAGUCUGGCAGAGUCAGCAAUGUUGGGAGUUGCGAUUAUUGCCAACGAUGUUUCACAUUUCGGAUUUUUAGCAAUGUUGUCACUGCUAUCAGUAAUUGCAGCAGCAUGGAUGUUCUGCCGGUGGUUGUUGAAUCCAACAGAUGAACAAAGAAGUCUUUUCUCAUUUGAUGCUCGCUGUUAAAUAUAGAUUUAUCUGUGACUGGUGGAGAUAGUGUUUGGGGUUGAUCAGAAACAGGAUAUAGUAACACCUUUGUAUCGUAUGGAUAUAGAUGAUAGCUCUGAUGGACCCUUCAUGUACAUGUAUACAUUUUGUAAAUCAAUUUUUUAAUCGGUUUGUGCCAA